AUGAGAAAUCUCCGGGUUUUCAAGCUAGGCCGCAACGUCGUGAAGAUCUUCAAAUGGGCAAUUCCAAGAAGAAGAUCUCCGAAAACUUAUCAGAGGUUAAACCCACCGAGCUCGCCAACCAAACACAGGUCAAGGCUCCGCAAUUGGGGUAGAGGACUCUAUUUCCGGAGGUCCAAGCCCGGGUACGUUCGGUCGGAUGGUGAACCGACGAAGGGCCACCCGGUGGCCGUACCCAAGGGGCACUUGGCAGUUUACGUGGGGGAGAGAGAAGACGACGCGCAGAGGUACUUGGUGCCUGUAAUCUACUUCAAUCACCCACUUUUUGGGGACUUGUUGAAGGAGGCAGAGAAGGUUUAUGGGUACAACCACCCAGGUGGGAUCCAGAUUCCCUGCCGGGUAUCCGAGUUUGAGAGCGUCCAGACCCAAAUCGCAGCCGGCGGUGGCAGGAGGAGGUGGAGAUUGCGGCUGGGGCGGUUAUGUUGA